CUCUGCCCUAUGGGACUGCCAAUCACAGUCAGUUGUGAUACAGCUCAGGAUUGAACCAGGGUCUGUAGUGACACCUGUAGCACUGAGAUGCAGUGCCUUAGACCGCUGCGCCACUCGGGAGCCUUUUGAGAACAUCAUGGCAGUGCUAAGGAAGCCACAGCCUAUCUACACCGACACUAAAACUGGAGACAAACAGCUCCUGGAAAAUUGAGGACUGGUCAAAGUACAUCACUACAUAUGAAAAGACUACUUUCGCUUUGUCUGUCAAGCAGGACUUUGGAAAGAACCCUGAGUACCUGCAGCAGCAUGCUGAUGAGGUGAGGAGGGCUCAGGACAAGUAUGAGAGCUAUGUCAAUAAUCAUGUAUCAGGAAUUAAGGUAAGACCCGGAUGCAGACACGUUGAAUUGACAAUGGUUUAAUAUUCCAACAGGGGCAGGUCAAGGCAGGCAGGGGUCAGUAAACCAGAGGUGGGGCAACGGUACCGGACGGCAGGCUCAGGGUAGGCAGAGGUCAACAAUUCAGAGGUGGGGCAAGGUACAGGUCGGCAGGAAGGCUCAGGGACAGGCAGUGGUCAUGCAGGCGGAUCUGAGUUAGGAUGUGCAAGGGUCAAAACCAGGAGGACGAGAAAAAGAGAGACUGGGAAAAGCAGGAGGUGAGAACAAAAACACUGGUUGACUUGACAAACAAGACGAACUGGCAACGGACAAACAGAGAACACAGGUAUAAAUACACAGGGGAUAAUGGGGUAGAUGGGCGACACCUGGAGGGGGGGAGACAAUCACAAGGACAGGUGAAACAGAUCAGGGUGUGACAGCAUGAGACAGGGCGCCAUUAUACAGCUCUCUGAGGAUGAGCGAAAAAAAACAUCACACAGGUAAACCACAUAGGUCCUUAGAACCAAGCCAAUAGAAUCUGUCCUAGAAUAGAUCAUAAAGAUGUAUUACAUUAAUAUAUGUGUUUUAGCUGAUCAGUCAUUUAGAUAAGGUUCAAUAUUUGAUCAAUGUGUCAAAUGAUGAAUAGGCUUAAAAAUUCUGUUAAGCACCAGCAUACAUUCAAAGGGGUUUGAGAGCGACAUUUCCCAGAAAGACAUUCCCAUUACGCUGACAUACAUGGGCUUAUUGAUAAUUAAUUGUUCUUGAUCAAGAAUGGAAAGCUCAUCUUCCUUGCCUGUGUUAUUGAUGGGUCAUUCUCUGUCCGGGGCUUGAAGAAGAACUGGGGGGAGCUGCACCAUCAGUACCAGGGACUCUGUUGUCAUGGACACCACCCCCAAGAAGUACUGCAAGGAGAGUCUGGAGCUGGAGAUGAAGCAGCUGGAGAGGGACAUUGACCUCAUCGAGCGAUACAAGGCCAUCUACAUCGCCAACAACAACUAACACACAUGGGACCUCUUAAGUCUCAAUGGCAAAUGCCAGAAUUGUAAACAGAUAUUCAGUGAGGAAAAAAAACAUGCCCUGAGUGCUAGAUAUGAAAUUGUCUGGCAAAUUGUCAUAUCCCUCUCACUGUCCCUGUCUAUGAUUUCACAUUGUUUUGGAAAAACUAAAUUAACUCUGCACUAUAUUUAAAUAUAUUUUUGAAAAUCUGCUUACAACAGUUUCUAAAUAUUACUACAUACUACGUUAUGAUGUAAUCCUUGUAGGUCAUUGUACAAGAGCCUUGAAUGAGCCUAUACUUAUCUGGUCCUUUGCCAGUUUAUUGAACCAAAUUAUUAACUUUUCCUUUUUAGCAAGCAGCCUACAGGAAAACUACUACAUGAAAUCCCAUGCAGCUGAUUAUCCACCCCCGUGGAUCUAAUUGUGCCAUUCGGUGGUUUAUUCAGAAGGACUGGAAAACAACAACGACCUCUUUUUAGUCACACUAAUGACUUUAGCAUGACCACAGCAUGCUUGACUUGUUGGCUAGUUUUGAGUUUCAGCCUAAAAUUGCACAAAUAAUCUCUCUUUAUAAAGUGGAAAAGUUGUUAUAAUACAGGGUGGGUUUACUUCGAGGAACACUUCACCGUUAUCUUGCAUGUGAUUGUAGUAAUUUUUUCGCUCCCCUUCAUUCCUUGUCUGCUGACUGAAUUUUUACUUCAACUCUCUUAUCGCGGAAAACAUCAUGGCAGAAUGCGUUCCAUCCAGAGCGACGGGACUGGAAGGAGGAAUUGUGAUUAAAGAUGAUUGGCCCGGAUACAGUUUAGAGCUCUUCACUUAUCCAGAGCAUUACCGCGAAGAUAUAGAGAGUGUCUACAUUCCACAUGGGGUUAUCAUGGACAGGACGGAGCGCCUGGCCCGACACAUCAUGGAUGACAUUGGGGAUCAUGACAUGGUGGUGCUGUGUGUACUGAAGGGAGGGUACAAGUUCUGUUCCGACCUGGUGGAGUUCAUUAAGAAUGACCAAUCAACAGAGGACCUGCACAUAAUAGGAAGUCAAGAUCUAUCUGUUCUACGAGGUAAGAAUGUCUUGAUUGUAGAGGCUAUAGUCGACACAGGAAAGACAAUGAAGGCCCUUCUGAAGCAUGUGGAGGCCUUUGAACCCAAGAUGGUAAAGGUCGCCGGUCUGCUGGUGAAAAGGGUCUCUAAUGUGGUUGGAAGCCUUCCAGACUAUGUGGGGUUUGAAAUUCCCAACCGUUUUGUUGUGGGCUAUGCUUUGGACUACAACGAGUAUUUUCGUGACCUGAAUCAUAUCUGUGUCAUAAGUGAGAUUGGAAAGGUGAAGUACAAGAUUUGAAGAGAAGUCAACACAUACAUGGGUUGUUCAGAGAUGCAGUGUUUUCAACUUGUGGCAGCAAGUGCCUUCCCUUCUCAUAUCUUCUUUCAUGCUCUGUUGAGGAUUAUUGUUGGUUUAUUCAUUUCGUAAGAAGAGACACACCUUGCAUGUGCUUCAUGCAAAAAAAAUAUGAGAUCUGUGUUAUUCAUGUUACGUACAACCUUGAUUGCCAAAUUUUAAGACAGUCAAACUGAAUGUUUUUUUUGUUUGUUUGUUUUUUUUACAUAUGCUGUUGUUUUUGUAAACAUCAUAUUACAUUGUUGACAUAAUAUGCUUUUACAUAAUAUGCAUUUAUAACUUUAUAUGUAAAAUACUAAUGUUGUCCCCAAUGAUCUAAUAUGUGCCAAGCACAAAAAAAUAAACUAUGCAAUUUUGAAUCACAAA